CCAUCUUGCCGUGAUACAGCAGCGGCCGCAAGAGGCGUGGAGAGUGGUCGGUUCCUGGAGCAACGAUGCUGUCAACCGCUGGCUACGUCGAAUCGGCUCUCGGGUUGGGGCGUGAGGCUGUCGGGGGUGCCGUCACACGGCACCGCUUCUCUCCCUACACCUUCAAUGGCGGAACUGUGUUGGCAAUUGCUGGCGAAGACUUCUCUAUUGUUGCUUCAGACACUCGGCUGAGUGAAGACUAUGCAGUUCAUACCCGGGACAGCCCAAAAUGCUACAAACUGACAGAGAAAACCGUCAUUGGUUGCAGUGGAUUUCAUGGAGACUGUCUUACUCUUACUAAAAUUAUUGAAGCAAGAUUAAAGAUGUACAAGCAUUCCAAUAACAAGACUAUGAGUUCAGGGGCCAUUGCAGCCAUGCUCUCUACAAUUCUCUACUCACGACGCUUCUUUCCUUACUACGUUUACAACAUAAUCGGUGGACUGGAUGAAGAAGGGAAAGGCGCUGUGUACAGUUUUGACCCAGUAGGUUCCUACCAGAGAGACACUUUCAAAGCUGGUGGAUCGGCCAGUGCUAUGCUGCAGCCUCUGCUGGACAACCAGGUUGGCUUCAAGAACAUGCAAAAUGUGAAGCAGGUGCCUUUGUCUCUGGAAAAGGCUUUGCAGCUGGUAAAGGAUGUCUUCAUUUCUGCAGCAGAAAGAGAUGUAUACACUGGUGAUGCACUAAAAAUCUGCAUCAUCACAAAAGAUGGAAUUAAAGAGGAAAGUGUUCCAUUACGAAGAGACUAAACCUGUGCUUGGUUCAGUUAAAGUCUUCAGUGUGUAAUCUUAAUUUUUAUGCAUGCUGUUUACUGGUAUUAUGAUGACAGUUGAUGUAUUAAAAAAGGAACAAAUUUGUCUUUCAUAAUUAUUCUAUGGCUCAUAUGGUGUGAAUAUGAUCAUACAUGUCCUUGCACUAUGGAAUUCGGGAUCAGUUGUAUAUACUGCUAAAUAGAACAACAUAAAGGGAAUACUGUACCUACAACCCUUAAGAUGAAUGACAAUAGUGAGAUACUUACAACACCCCAAGGAUCACUGCACAGGGUGCCCCUCUCCCAGUUACACAUUGAGAAAAGUUCUGCUCUGCUUCCUGUAGUCAUUUACUCUGCAACAGCCUGGCUUCCACAUACUUUAUAGUGAAGAGUGGGUUUUUUUGUUCUUAAAGCUACACUAGGAAAUCAUACUUUAGAUCGUUUCUACUUGUUAUAAGCCACCUUGAGCCAUCCAGCUCAGAGCAUGCCCUAAAAAUAAUUUAUUGUUGAACAGUUCUUAAUAGUUCAAAGCAGGCCUCCUGCAUGGUAUGAAAUGAUUCAUGGAGCAUUAAGUGUUUAUGCAUUGGCUGAGAGAUGCACCUGUCCCCCGACUUGCAAGAACCUUUUAAAAGUAUGUUUUUAUCCAUGUGCAGCCCAUUUUAUCAGAUAUGUAUGGUAGUUCUUCACUAGAAAAGUAUGUAUGAUUGCAGAGAAAAAAAGUUGUGUAAAAUACAGUAAUUGUGUCAAAUAUAAAUUGGUAGCAUUGUAAUUUCCCUUGUACCUUCACCACAGUCACAUACUCUGUCAGAGUAUGGUAUCUUAACACCUGUAAUGCAUGAGAAAUCCCACAUCUUGGGUAUGACCUUACGACAGGGUGUCGCAUUACUUGGUACCACUUCAAGAUUUAAAUUUUAGAGUCUCAGGGAAGACAAUUGGAAUCUGAAGAACAGUCUAACGACUUGCACACAAAA